AUGUUCCUCGCCACGUUUAAGCUGUGUGCCGGGAGCUCCUACAGACACAUGCGCAGCAUGAAGGGGCUGCGGCAGCAGGCUGUGCUGGCCAUUGGCCAGGAGCUGAACCGGAGGGCACUGGGGGGCCCGGCUCCAGCUGUGUGGAUUAACCAGGUUCGGCGUCGCAGCUCUCUGCUAGGUUCUCAGCUGGAAGACCCUCUCUACAGUGACCAAGAGCUGGCCUAUAUCCAGCAGGGAGAGGAGGCCAUGCAGAGGGCCCUGGGCAUCCUCAGAGACCAGGAGGGCUGGAAGAAGGAGAGCCGGCAGGCCAACGGGGACGAGGUGCUGAGUAAAGUGAUCCCCGACGUGGGCAAGGUAUUCCGGUUGGAGGUGGUGGUGGACCAGCCCAUGGAGAGGCUUUACGAAGAGCUUGUGGAGCGCAUGGAGGCCAUGGGCGAGUGGAACCCCAAUGUCAAGGAGAUCAAGGUCCUGCAGAAGAUUGGACAAGACACGGUCAUCACUCACGAGCUGGCCGCAGAGGCAGCAGGAAACCUCGUGGGGCCCCGAGACUUCGUGAGUGUGCGCUGUACCAGGCGCCGGGGCUCCAUGUGCGUGCUGGCUGGCACGGCCACACUCUGCGAGGAGGUGCCCCAGCAGAAGGGUGUCAUCAGAGCUGAGCACGGCCCCACCUGCAUGGUGCUCCGCCCCCUGGCUGGAAGUCCCUCAAGGACCAAACUCACCUGGCUGCUCAGCAUUGACCUCAAGGGAUGGCUGCCGAAGACCAUCAUCAACCAGGUCCUCUCGCAGACCCAGGUGGAUUUUGCUAAUCACCUGCGCAAGCGCCUGGAGUCCUGCCCCGCUCUUGAAGCCAGGUGUUGA